UCUCUCUCCUCUCUCCCCGUUUCGUUGUCUUUGAUGUCGCCCUCUGUCUCUUCCGAGACUCGUUUCCCGUUACGUUUCCUAGGCUGACUUGCCGUUACGGUGGUGCCCUAGCUCGUCUUUGGUAGUCAGAUUCCGUUACAUUCGUCCGUCAGCUUAAUCGGAGUUUCAAAUGCUCGGAUCCGUCGGCUGGCAUUAUGUUUCUGGAACUGGCUCAUUUUUCAGAGAGAAAAUUACCCCAACCAUUCAGAUCAAAUGACCUUCGGGUUGCAGAGAUCAUAAUACGAGAAAUAUGCAGACCUCUUAUCUGUAAUCGACGUAUUUCAUCUAGAUUCAAGAUGUCCUUUAUGGGGUGAGAGGUGGAGCGAAAUGGUUUUAUAUCUUAAAGCUUGUAGGAUAUGGAGGAGUCACCAGAAGAUGUGGGGCCAUUGGAGUCAGGGCCUUCUAAUGCUAGUUGGUGGCCCUCAGGUUUUAUGGAAAAACUGCAAACUGUUUCUCUAGUUUCUCAGGAGGAGACUUUGAGAGACUCUGCACGAAACCCUGAGCAAGAAGAAUUGUCAUGCCAGACAGCAUCACAAACUCUGUGGGCCACUGGAUCAUUUUCUGGACGGAUUCCCAAUGGUUUCUACUCUGUCAUUCCAGAAAAAAGACUCAAGGAUCAUUUUGAUAAUAUUCCUUCUCCAGAUGAGUUAUAUUCUUUGGGUUUGGAGGGUCUUAGAGCAGAUAUUAUUCUUGUAGAUGCAGAGAAGGAUAAGAAGCUUUCCAUGCUGAAGCAACUGAUUGUAGCUUUGGUGAAGGGACUGAACUCUAAUCCAGCCUCAAUGAUAAAAAAGAUCGCUGGAUUGGUGUCUGAUUUUUAUAGACGUCCAAAUUCGGAAUUAAGUCCAGCAAAAGCUGCAUUGGAGGAUUUCGCUCAUGCAUCAGAGAAUCGAGGCGUCCAACUCUUGGGGCAAAUAAGGCAGGGUUCAUGCCGGCCUCGGGCAAUCCUAUUUAAAGUUCUUGCAGAUGCUGUAGGUCUGGAUAGUAAGCUUAUGGUGGGUCUCCCUGGUGGAGGGGCAAUUGAAUGUGUGGAUUCCUAUAAGCACAUGUCUGUAGUGGUUGUCUUGAACUCUGUUGAACUACUGGUUGAUCUUAUGCGAUUUCCUGGCCAAUUAAUACCCUCUUCGACAAAGGCAAUCUACAUGUCCCAUGUUUCUGCAGCAGGAGAAAGUGACUCUGCAGAGAAUGACUCCUGUGAUUCUCCUCUUGAACCAAACAGUCCUCUAUGUGGGCAUUCAGACAAAUUAGAUGGUGAAGGUAUGGAGCAAGAUGAGAGCCUUCAAUCCCUGUACCAGCGAAGAGUUGAAGCAUCAUCAAAUGCAUCAGGUCCUUCAUUUCGAAAUGUAAUGUUGCGGCCAACAGCUUCUAAUGAGGGGAAGUUAAGUUGGUCACAUAGUGAACCCAAUAUUGCAAAUGCUUUUUGGCGACGCAGCCGAAGGAAAGCUGUUGCUGAACAACGGACGGCUAGUUCAAGUCCAGAGCAUCCUUUAUUUAGAGCACGUGGACGGUCCAUGCUUAGUGGUGACAGGCAAUCGUUUAGAGAAUAUGCAGAUGGGGUUGCUACAUCAAGGUCGGAUGGUGCGUCAACAUCAGAUUCUCGCAGAAUAAGACGACGAAGCAUUAGUAUUACCCCAGAGAUUGGUGACGAUAUUGUGAGGGCUGUGCGAGCAAUGAAUGAAACACUCAAACAAAACCGCCUUGUGAAGGAACAAGGUGAUGAUCGAUCAGGUUCUUUUUCUACGGACAACAAGAACAAUUACACAGAUCCACAUGAAAAUGCAUCCAAUUUCCAUCUUGAUGGCCGUGAUGAAAUAUCCAAUGCAAGAUCUGCAUACAAUCUUUCCAGGAAGCAAAUAAAUUCGAACCAAAAGGCAGUAUCAUUACCUUCAUCCCCUCAUGAGUUUAGGGGCGAGGAUUCUGGGAAAUGUGGGCCUUCAAACUUUCUAGGAGGUGCUGAUAUGGUCUCAAGAUGGAAUAAAGUGCUCCAAUCCUCAUCGUUCCUAAAUAAGCCUUUGUUACCUUUUGAAGAAUGGCAUAUUGAUUUCUCAGAAUUGACAAUUGGCACUCGUGUUGGGAUCGGGUCUUUCGGAGAAGUUUUCCGUGGGAUAUGGAAUGGGACUGACGUUGCCAUCAAAAAUUUUCUAGAGCAAGAUUUAACAGCUGAAAAUAUGGAAGAUUUCUGCAAUGAAAUCUCUAUUCUAAGCCGCCUUCGACAUCCAAAUGUCAUUUUAUUCCUUGGUGCAUGUACAAAGCCUCCUCACCUAUCAAUGGUUACUGAGUACAUGGAGAUGGGGUCCUUGUAUUAUUUGAUUCAUAUGAGUGGCCAGAAGAAGAAACUCAGCUGGCGCAGGAGAUUAAAGAUGCUUCGUGAUAUAUGCAGGGGGCUCAUGUGCAUACACCGAAUGAAAAUAAUCCACCGUGAUUUGAAAAGCGCAAACUGCCUCGUGAACAAGCAUUGGACAGUCAAGAUAUGCGAUUUCGGGCUCUCACGAAUAAUGACGGAUGUUCCCAUGAGAGAUUCCUCAUCUGCAGGGACUCCUGAAUCGAUGGCUCCCGAACUCAUCCGCAACGAGCCCUUCACAGAGAAAUGCGAUGUGUUUAGCCUUGGGGUGAUAAUGUGGGAGCUUUGCACAUUAAAUAGACCAUGGGAAGGUGUACCAUCAAUGCAGGUAGUUUAUGCAGUCGCCAAUGAAGGGACACGACUGGAGAUCCCUGAAGGUCCCUUGGGCAAGCUGAUUUCAGAUUGCUGGGCAGAGCCUGAUGAACGACCAAGCUGCGAGGAGAUCCUUUCCCGUUUGCUUGAUUGUGAGUACACGCUCUGCUGAUUUGGUUCAUGCUUGUAUAGAGGAGCUGUAGAGACUUUUCAAACUGUCCAUCUCCUUCAGUUGUAAAAUAGUCUUUGUAUUUGUAUUGCUAUAAACACAAAUCAUUUCUCUUUGAUGACAAAGGACAGCUCGAGUCAUAGAACUUCCUCA